AUGUCAGAAACUGUACCAGAGCAACCGCUGUCAGUGGAGAAGGUUGAAGAAGAAGACGCGAACGCUAACUGUGUCGAAAAAAUGGAAGACAUCGUUAAGAAUGAAGAACAAGAGGAUGUUGCUGAAAUCAAGGAAGAAGGCGGUGCGAAAUCAGCCGUCUUCAAUACGAAUUUCACGAUCCCAAAGAAGAGCGCUGUAAAAACGGAUAUAGUGGAAAAUGAAGAAAAAGAGAAGGAAGUUGCCGCUGUAACCGCUGAGCCCGAGCCGGUCAAGCCGAAAACUGCUUUGGAAUUGGAAAGAGAACGUCUUGAGUUGCCUUAUCCGCAAUGUGAUACAACUAAGGUGGAGUUAUACAUUUUAGUAAAAAAAAACAACGAGUUGAAUUUCAGAUCAAAGUCGCUGAGAUUCCCAACGAAAUCUUGGAGUGUUUCUUGGAGUACAAGGACAACGAGAAAGUUCGGCUGAAUCUGACGCAGUUGAAUUUGCUGAUCACAACUCAACUCAACAAGAGGAACUCUUCUGAAGUUGGAAAAAUAGAAGUUUAACGACUUAUAUACUUUUCCAGGUUUACGCGAACGAUUGGCGUAAUCAGGAGAUUCCAAAAAUGCAAUCUGUUAAUUUUGUCGUGCCGAAAAAUCAUGAAAAGUUUCCGCACAUUGUUAUCAAGUGAGAGUUUUGUUCAUGAAUAUUGAAAUAAUUGAAUUUUUCAGGGACUUCAACCCAGAAACGAUGGCGGCCGAGGAAAGUCGUCUUGAACUUGAAGAUGAGGUUCGAAAAUUCUUUCCGUGUUUUUAAUAUCGAUAUUUUUUCUAGAAACGUCGCAGAACUCUGGAACUUCGCAAGCUUGAGCUUGAUGGUAUUGCGCCUUCCGCAGUCACUUCGGUAAACUUAAAUUCAUUCCUAAUUUAUAAAUACUUUUCAGAUUCAACCAGCCGAGCGGGUGAAGCCGCCGCAGAAAUUCCAACAGCAGCAGCAUCAACAGAAAGGCCAAAAGCCUUUUAACCAAGGCCAGAGGGGCAAAAAGUUGGUAGUUUCUGGAGAUUUCGAAGCUGAAAGCUAUUUAUAUUGUCUGCAGAAGCUUGAGAACUUUAGAGAAGUUCAUUUUGAACUUUUUUUUGUUGCCUCUGAAGCAAAUCGAGAGGAUUUUCUAUCAAUCCUUGAUAGAAAAAUCCCUCAAUUGCUCAUUUUGUGGCAGACUUCGAGAAAAUCGAUUUGUGAAUUUUCUGAUUCACUUUCUCUUCUUUGAAGGAAAAGUUGAUUUCAGCAGCUACUAUUCUCUUGGGAACCCUUCCACAAGGAAACAAGGGUUUUGUAUUUUUUCAACACUCUGAACUUAGGUCCAUCACGAAAUUUUCUAGUUUUCUAAGGGUCAUUAAACUUCUGAAGAUUUUUUCUCACGACAAGAGUUGAUUCCAGACGUUUUGCAACGUUCUGAGUCGCCCUUCUUCAAGAGAAGAAUUAAUUUAUGGAGUUUUUCAAUCCCACCAAUUUUUUUUUCGUUGACAACUUCAUCACAGCUUCUCCCUUAGUUCUACUUUUCCACGACCACCACAUUUUCAGCGACACCUUCAACAAGCCACAGCAUCAGAAGAAUCAAAACAAUGGCGGUGGUCAGAAUUCGAAGGCGAAAGCCUCGAAUUCAAACCCACCGUCGCCGGCGUUUGCACCGGCAAAGGUGCAGCCGGAGUCGGCGAAAAAGCCAAAAGGUCCUCUUUCGAACAACGCGCCGUCGCAAAAACGGAUCGCCGAUCCGGCGUCUUCCGAGCCUCGCAAAAGGCCCGCUGACCAUUUCGGCAAUCCCGAACACGUCAAUAGUGAGCUUUUUUCUCGUCAAUCGAUUCGGUUGGUUUCAGGUGGUGGGAAAAUUACACUGCAGGUUGAGGUCCAUUUCAUCUGAAUGGAUGAUUUAGACCGAAGCUUUCAAAUUUCUUGGGCUGGUGGGAGGUCCCAACUUAUGGCUGGAUUUGUUGGAAGUUCCGGUUUCACGGAUUUCUGAAAAUCAACUUCACAAGUUUGUAAUCCAAUCAGAAAUUUCUUCUGCCAAAAAAAAAUGGAAAAUUUACUUUCAUUUUUUAAACGGUUCUCAUCUUGGAUGUCGACCAAAUGUUUCUUUUCAUUGAAAUUUUAGUUUGCGGAUUUUUUCGGGGUAAAUGAAUGUUUGCCAACUCCAAAAAUUUCUUGAUGGAGCGAAUCUCAAAAUCAUGGGUUUCCCGAAUUAUCGAGAAAUAUCACCAUCAUGUGGUCCAGAUAAACACCAUCACGACAAAAGAAUGAAGUUCAACAUUUUCCUAAUGAAACUGGAAAAUUUCAUUGGUCAAUUGGUUGCCAAAGUUCAUUUGAACUUUCAAAGCAGAGGUGGGAGAAAUGAGGGGCCUUUCCGGGCGUAACAUGCCCGCCUUAAUCAUCAUACCUCAAAAGUGAAAUGAGCCUCGUCAUUGCAUGUCGAUUGCGUGUAAUAAGACGUUGUAAGAGUUGGGCGAAAAGUCAAUUUUUUUCAUUUUUCGUUAAACGCUGCACCAUUUGGGAUUAUUUUGAGUUUUAAUCUCGGUUUUCGCAAGUUUUCAUUAUUUUUUUUUAAAUUUUGAGCGGUUAUGACGUUUAGUUAACAACAUGUUCAUGUGGAAUGCGGUUAUAUUUAUUUUUUUUUCUUUAACCGAAUAGUUUCAAUUGUAUGGUUAGGGAUCCGCUGAGAAAAUAAAUUUUUGACGCCACAGAGUCAGAAAUUUCAAGUAAACUUAAAUAUGGAAUCAAUCAUUUUGUUUUCGCAACAUCGGAAUGGUAUGGUGAUGUUGCAGGGAAGGAAAAAAGACCACGCGGUUUUGGCCCUGACGCCCUAGGCAGCUCCUUAUUAAGAAAUGGUAAUAGAGGCCUACGUCGGCUUUAAAAUGUAAACGUUCCAAAGCUUUUAGGGGCGCCAUUUCUCCAUCUCUGUUUCAAAGCAAGUUUUUGAGAAUGAUGAAGCUUUAUUCCAACGUAAAAUUUAAAAAAAGCCCAACUUUCUUUUUUUGAAGAAAGAAAAGGGCUUUUUUUAGAAUCUAUCUCCGUUAAUUCAGAAUAAACUUGAAGUUUAUUCAUUUCGAAAAGUGAAAACGUUUCGAAGUGCUGAAGCCAUGAUUGACCGAUCCUUUUUUGUUUUGGAUGCCAAUAGAUCCUCCUAGAAUCUUUCAACAACUUUGAACCAUUGACGUCGCUCUUAAAACUUUUCCUUUGUACAAUCUCGCAUUGCAGAGAAAUUCGCGGGUCCGGCUAAGAAGAGGGACGGUCCGAAGAACCAGAAUCAGAGCAAUUCGUCGGGUUUCCCCAAGAAGAGCCAGCAACAGCGUCCGCAGCAGCAGUUCCAGAAAGACCGAAAGGGCGGUCAGAACAACAAAAAACAGCAUCAGCAGCAGAGAACUCCCGCCUGGUCUCAGAAGCGUCCCGAUCCAUUCGUCCAAUCGGUUUAUAUGGAGCUUAAUUUGAAGAAAAAAAAGAAGGGAAAUGGGUCAAUUUAAUAAAAAAAAGUUUUGCGCUAAAAACUUACUUAAGAAGGCUAGGAACUCACUUAACCUAUCUCGUGAAACUUUUAUUCAAGAAAAAAAAAGGUUUGACCAUUCUUUUCGAUGAAAUUUCUCUAUAUUUCCUCAAAAAACUCCGAUACUUCCCUAUAAAGUUCACUUUGGAUAAACUUCAUAUACUUACUUAGUACUCAGACUUAGAUGGUCCAUCUUCGCUUUCGACCUUUUAUUGUGUGUGGUCCACGCUUCGAUCAAUAAAAGGCAACUUCAUUUACUCAAUGAAUAAAUUUUCCAGCCGAACGCUCCCCUCAGUCGCAGCGCCUUCAGUGAUUACUCGUCCCAGGGCUUUUCUUCAAAGUAAUCCCUAUCUCUGUUGAUAUUUCCACAACUUGUGUUUUUUUCAGUCCUUUCAAUGGUCCAGCUCCAUUCCAACAACCGCUCGGAAACUUCCCGCAAUCGUAAGAAAUUCGGGAAAUCAUAUAAAUUUCUUGACUUUUCAGUGACGCCAUCUUUGGAAGGUCGUCGUCCGGCUGGUCUUCUGAAUUGAACAACGGCUGGUCUACGGGUGACAAUUUGAUGAACGACGAUCUUCUUCGGAUGCAGGAGAAGGCCAGGGAGCAGAUGGUUGCGCUGCAGCGACAGCAGCAGCAGCUCCUCUCGGAUUCGCCCAACAAACUCGACUUUAACGCCGGAAGAUCCUUGAAGUUGGUUUUGGCGAGAAUUUAGAGAAUGGAAAUAGUUGUAUGACAUUUAUUUGCCCGUAGUGAAAGCUCUACCUCAAUUCGCUCUAAAAAACCAAAAAAUUGAAAUUUUCUUGAAAAUCUUUGAGGAAGUCUUUCUGGUCAUCUAGCGGUUUAUAAUCCCCUUCUAAAAGGUUUUUAGUUUUUUAAAUCUUAAAUAACUUGUUAUUCUGCCAAUUUAUUCCCUCAAAGCGCAGCUUCCUCUAUAAUGACCACUUAGAUUUGACCAUUAUCAACGCUUGAACCCAUUAAACUAUUACAUUACGAACAAUAAGAUCCAAUAUUCAUCAACGCAGAAAAAGUCCAAACGACCUCAAAAAGAAGAUCCUAAAGCUCCUUUUUGAGUUUCUAAAUAAUGAAAAAUGUCUUUUUUUUUCUGAAAAUUCUUUUUGAGACCUUUCGGAUUGCCUGUGACUAUAAGAACCAAUAACUACCUACAGAUUUAGUCCUUUUAAUAGUCUAGUGACCACUUACAAUUCUCUGAAUUCCUUCGGAUUAAUUACAUCAAAACUCGAAGCUCCAAAAACUUCUAUAAUGAUUACUAUUUGAAUUAUAGGUUAUGGUAUGAUGAGAAAUAUUAAAGAUCCAAAAAUCACUAUGAGAGUCCUAAGUGUGGCUAAAUUCCGUGUAGCGUCCCUUGGCCCCACAUAAAAAGGACAACCUUUUCGAAAAUGAGUAUCAUCUUUUUCAGUAUGUCCGCCCUUGCCGGCUAUGGAAACGGUAAUCCUUUCGGUUCGACCGGUUCUUUUGGCGGAUCGUCCUCCUUUGGCACCGGCCGCAACUCGGUUUAGCUCCUUUUCCGUAUUGAAAUUCUUCAUUUCCGUUUUCCAGGACAGUUUCGGAACGCCCAGUGUCUUCUCGGCGGGUCGCGCCAAUGUUCCGUCCGUUUCGGAUAGGUCCUUGGAAAGGUAAUAGAUCGCUUCGAAAUGAACUGAAGAGUCUUGAUUUUUGGAAAAAGUGACUUAUUUUCUGUUUGUAGGAGAAAUUUAGGAAAGCUGAAAGGCUGAUUAUGAUCAAAUCGAGUGAAAAAAAAAUAUUUCUUUUCAAAACAAGGAAAAAUUAAAUCAAACUUUUUUUUCAGGAACUGGGGCUAUGGUUACCAAUGA